AUGAGCGGUUACGAACAUUCCAGCGCUGGUUCGCAUUACAACUACGAUACAUUCGAAGACUUUUGUUAUGAACCGUCGAAUGGUGCACAUCCAAUGUAUGGGUACUCGCAGAAUCAGCUCAACAGUCCCAUCGAUUACGAGCAAAGUCCUGUCGAGAACUUCGAACAGGAUUCCCGACAAUGGCCAACCACGAAUGCUAUGCGCCAACGAUCCGGAUCAUCGCAACACCUCUCAGCUUCAAGCUUUUCAUCAGUACCUUCCAGCUAUCGGUCGUCAAAUAACAGCACCUUUUCCCACACACCACUAAGAGACUCGAUGUCUUCGUCUGUAUCCGGAUACUCGCACACCUCCAGCAUGUCGAGACACCAACACUUUCUGAUGGCCGAGCAUCUAUUGUGUCAUGCGCCUAUUCAAGUGGCUUCGCAAGUCGUGAGUGCGCUCGAAAAGCCCCGUUCACGGCCUGUCAAGGGAAAGGAAAGCAAGAGACCUGCUGCGCCAGAGAGGGACUAUUUCAAAACAUGCGUCUCAGCGACCAAGCAAUCCCGCACAUGCAGCAAAAAGCACAAAUACUUCUGCACCAGUUGCGAAAGACCUUUUGUCGAGAAAGCGGAUUGGAAGCGUCAUGAGGAGACCUACCAAGAGCGUCCUGAGAUGUUCAAGUGCGACCUAUGCCCUGCUAUCUAUUUCUUGGAAAAGGACUUUACGAAACACCAUAAGGAAUCCCAUCGAUGCACCUCGUGCGCCGACACCACAACACGCAGCAAGAAGGCUCACGCAAUUUCUGCGAAACGAAGGCGCAUGACCAGGACUGGCUGGGGAUGUGGCUUCUGCUGUCAUUUUAGUACCGAUUGGACAGAGAGAUGCGAUCAUGUCGCGCGUCACAUGGAGAAGGAAGGACUGACAAACGUGAAUUGGUACCACAGCAAGGUCAUAUACUCUCUGCUUCACCGACCAAUCAUAUAUCACCAGUGGGUGCGGCUGCUUCGUACGCAACCCGGCCUCACGAAUUAUGCUUGGAACCAGCACUCGACUGGACGCGUUGAGGGCUAUCCUGAAAGCAACCCGAUCCCUCAACUCCAAGAUUAUCUCGAGUACUUCACGCCGGAGCAAGACGCAGCGGCACUGGUACGCUUGGCAUACAGCAAGCUGGUGAAGUCUUCUUCAUCCCCUCGAACAUCCGCACCACCGCCUGUCCCACCCAAGGAUUAUCUCGACACCUCGUUGCAAGGCUGGACUGACGAGAUGGAUUGUUGGGCGCCGCUCACCACUUCCGUUAUCGAAGACGAUAUUCUGCCUACGGGUAUGUGCCGUCUUGAUGGGUGGUAUGGAAAUUAA